GUCCUGAAGGAGUACCAAAAUAGACUUUGGGGCCAGGGUGUGGACUGUACAAUAAAAAUGGAUCCUAACACUGGACGGUCAAGAGGAUUUAGGUUCAUCCUCUUCAAAGACGCAACCAGCGUGGAGCAGGGACUAGACCAGGAGGAGCCCCGGCUGGAUGGUCCGGUUAUUGACCCUAAAAAGGCCAUGGCCAUGAAGGAUCCGGUGAAGAAAACUGAGGAGAAGAUCAGGGAGUACUCUGGCGAAUUUGGGGAGAUUGAGGCCAUUGAGCUUCCCAUGGAUCCAAAGUCUAACAAAAGACAAGGCUUUGUUUUUAUCACCUAUAAAGAAGAGGAACCUGUGAAGAAAGUUCUGGAGAAAAAGUUUCACACUGUCAGUGGAAGCAAGUGUGAAAUCAAGGUGGCCCAGCCCAAAGAGGUCUACCAGCAGCAGCAGUACGGCUGGGGUGGGGGGUGGGGGGGGCGUGGAAACCACCACCGAGGGAACCGAGGCAGUGGCGGUGGUGGUGGAAGUGGAGGUCAGGGGAGUACAAAUUACAGGAAGAGCCAGCGACGCGGUGGCCACACUGAGGCCGGGGCAGGCACGACAGCUGCCCACGCCGCUCCGUUUGGAUAUCAGUGA